UUAUUGCCUCUGAAGCGUCAAUUCUUCAUACCUAUUAUUACAGUGUGGAGUGUGGAGCAGGAAGCAUCUGAUCUGUUAGAGAUUGGCGUUGUAUCGUAUCGAAUUUCGCCGAAGAAUCAUUUACAAUUGUGAAAAAUGGUUGUAAGGCAGUAUCAAGAGGAGCUUAAAUACUUGGAGAAAAUUAACGAAUGUUGUUGGAGAAUCAAAAAAGGCUUUCAGCCUAACAUGAAGGUUGAAGGAGUGUUUUAUGUGAAUAACACAUUGGAACGUUUGAUGUUUGAUGAGUUGCGCAAUGCAUGUCGGCCAGGUGCAGUUGGAGGUUUCCUCCCUGGAGUGAAACAAAUUGCCAAUGUAGCAGCUUUACCUGGUAUUGUCUGGAGAUCUGUCGGUUUACCAGAUAUACACUCUGGAUAUGGUUUUGCUAUUGGCAAUAUGGCAGCAUUCGACAUGGAUGAUCCACAGUCAAUUGUAUCGCCCGGUGGUGUAGGCUUUGAUAUUAAUUGCGGUGUUCGUCUAUUACGAACAAAUUUAUUUGAGAAAGACGUCUUACCAGUGAAAGAGCAACUCGCCCAAAGUAUGUUUGAUCACAUUCCAGUUGGUGUUGGAUCUAAAGGAAUUAUACCAAUGAAUGCACGUGAUUUGGAGGAAGCUUUAGAAAUGGGGAUGGAUUGGUCUUUGAGGGAAGGUUACAUUUGGGCUGAGGACAAAGAACAUUGUGAGGAAUAUGGAAGAAUGCUUAAUGCCGAUCCAUCAAAAGUAUCAAUGAGAGCUAAGAAACGCGGACUUCCUCAAUUAGGUACGUUAGGAGCUGGAAACCAUUAUGCAGAGAUUCAAGUCGUAGAUGAAAUAUAUGACAAAUUGGCAGCAUGUAAAAUGGGCAUUGAAGAAAAAGGACAAAUUUGUGUUAUGAUCCAUUCGGGGAGCAGAGGAUUUGGUCAUCAAGUUGCCACAGAUGCACUUGUACAAAUGGAAAAAGCUAUGAAGCGCGACAAUAUUGAAACCAACGACAGACAGCUUGCAUGUGCUCAUAUAAAGUCUCAAGAAGGUCAAGAUUAUUUAAAAGCGAUGGCAGCUGCUGCCAAUUUUGCGUGGGUUAACAGGAGUUCUAUGACAUUCCUUAGCCGACAGGCAUUUGCAAAGCAAUUCAACUCAUCUCCCGAUGACUUAGAUAUGCAUGUCAUUUAUGAUGUGUCUCAUAAUAUUGCUAAAAUAGAAGAACACAUAGUUGAGGGAAAGCAGAAGACACUCUUAGUUCAUAGAAAGGGAUCGACAAGAGCUUUUCCACCACACCAUCCUUUGAUUCCUGUAGAUUAUCAAUUAACAGGCCAACCAGUCUUAAUCGGUGGUACAAUGGGUACAUGCAGUUAUGUUUUGACUGGUACGGAACAGGGUAUGAAAGAAACGUUUGGAUCAACGUGUCACGGUGCUGGUCGUGCUCUCUCAAGAGCCAAGUCACGUAGGAACUUGGAUUAUAUGCAAGUUUUGGAAAAAUUAGAAGAAUUAGGUAUAUCGAUUCGAGUUGCUUCGCCGAAAUUAGUUAUGGAGGAGGCACCAGAAUCCUAUAAAAAUGUAACGGAUGUCGUCAAUACUUGUCACGCAGCGGGAAUUUCCAAGAAAUGUAUUAAAUUGCGACCAAUUGCAGUUAUUAAAGGAUAAUUUAUACAACAUAUUUUCAUUAUCCUUUUUUAUGGCAUGUAGCAAAUCAUGUUAAAGUUAAUAUAUCAGCUAAUAAAUCUUAAAUCGUGUAUAAGAUUACUCAUA